CGCUCGAAUUCAGUUUGGAAAAGUCAGUCUUGGCGCAAGGUGUGCCUCGAGGAUUAACAGUUUACAAGGAUACAAUAAGGAUAUAAGAGCAAUGCAGCGACCGUUGUUGCUCCUGCUAGUCUCAGCCCUUCUGCUAUGUGCGGCAGUGGCGCUGCCCGUGAGUCUGGAGCAGUCCGAGGAAGACUGGCUGGAACAGAUCCUGGCGGAAAGCCCGGACAUUGAGGAGUUGCAGGACCUGGACCUCAGCGCCGGUAACAACAUCAAUAAGCGAUCGGUCAAAGAUUCCAGCAGCUCCUCCGAGGAGCACAAGGACAAGGCGAAGGACAAGGCAAACAUCUCCGGGGACUCCUCUUCCGAGGAGAAGACGACAACUGAAAAUACCCCCGCCCGAAAACGACGAGAUAGUGAGAUGGAAUAUAACGAUCUAGCCAAGAUAAGAAGAAGAAGGCGCGAGAUAGCCCCAGAGGAGUCGACGGAUAAAAAAGCCAACGAUGAACCAGAGCUGGACGCCCAGGCAGAGAAGGAGCUGGACGAGGAAAUGGCCCGAGCUGCAUCUGAGCUUUUGAAUGGCAAGGAUAACACCAGCAUCGAGGAUUACGCCCAGGGCUGUGAGGUCAUGGAAGUCAGCUCUAAAGAGGCCAAUGAGGCCACCUACGCCGAAUGACUUCCUUAACACCUAAUGAUUUUUAAUAAACAAAAUAAGAAACUACAUAA